AUGAGCGUGAACGAACACAUUGCCGUAAGUUCAUUUGACCCUGGAACCAUCCAGAACUCCACCAGCAUCAAGGUGGAUGACCGGGGCCUCUAUGACAUCACCAGCACAAAACAGUUUAGCAGAGACCGAACCAACAUCUGUACCGUGACCUCUGGGACAGUAGAAAGGACAGCAACCCUGAAACAGCAAAAUCCGGUCCAGGGUUCUCCAAGCAGUGAGGUGUCCAUCCCCUGCAGUGUCUCUCAGUCUGACCUCCUGACCUUUGACCUCACCUGGAGGUUCAACCAGAUAGUCACCAUCCUCACCUCCACCUACACCAAGGGCACACCUCAGAUGUAUGUUGUUGACAAGUGGAAAGAGCAGGUUCAGAAUUUGUCUGACUCUGGCAGCCUUCAGCUCCACAAGUUAACCAUGGUCCACCAGGGGACCUACAGCUGUGAACUCUCUACUACCAGAGACACACACUUGAUCCUCACCUACCUGCAGAUCACACCUGAUCAACUAUCUGAUGUUUCAGAUGGACUGAGUCCAGGUUCAAUCACUGGUAUAAUAAUAGCAGCAGCAGUGAUUAUAGCAGCAGUGAUUAUAGCAGCAGUGAUAUGUUACCUGCUGAGAGGUUUUCUGUGCAAAUUCAAAAAGCCCACAAGGUCUCAAGAGAUUAACACCAUCUCACGACCUGAAGAGAGAGAGUCACUCUCUGCCACAGCAAAUACAAAUGGUCCAAAUGAAAACGACCAGACUGUAAUACCACUUCUGAAUGGAGAAGAAAGAGAGGAAGACAUGGAAAGACAACAAGGUCAAGGAGAAGAGGGGUCAGCCACAUCAACCUUAGUAAUGCCUUGAAUCAACAUUAAGAAACAUUUCCAUUAAAACACAAAACAUUGGUAAUGUUCAGAGAACUUACCAAUGUUUUGAAUCUCACUGACAUCAYGCCACAAUAAAAAAUGUAUKUGUUUGCAUGAUUAAUGCCUUUGCAAAUGAA